AUGUCAGUCUUACAGAAAAGGCUGUUUGGAGUGGACUGGGUACAGCUUGUUUAUGUGCUUUUUACAGUAUUUGAUGGCUUGGAACAAAGGUUUGUGAAAUUUAAUGGAGGAUUCAGCCAAGAGCAGCUGCUGUGGCUCGAUGAAGUCUUAACUCUUGCUGACCAGAAACAGGAGAGAGUAACUGUCUUGAGUCAUCUUCCCGUUCACCCGUACGCCACAGACCCCAUCUGUCUGGCGUGGAACUACGACGCCAUGCAGUCCGUGCUGCGCUCUCAUAAGAGCGUGGUUUGCUUCAUGGCGGGACACGAUCAUGAUGGAGGAUAUUACAUGGAUGAGUCUGGUGUUCACCACAUCACGCUGGAGGGGGUGAUUGAAACACGUCCAGACAGCAAUGCCUUCGGGACGGUUUAUGUCUAUGAGGACCAGAUGGUUCUAAAGGGCAACGGAAGGAUAUCAGACAUGGUUCUCAAGUAUCCAUAAGUGGAAAGCAUUUAUGAACUGACAGGAGAGAAGAUUAUUGUCAAUGAAUGAUGGAAUGGAAAAUAAUAAACAAACACCCUUCCGUAUGAUCCUCUCAAUUUCUGCUUACAUUUAGUGUUAAAUCAGAUUUUUAUAAACCCUAAGAUAUGUUCAUGUAUAUCCUAUAAGUAACACUAUUACCAACAAAAUGAACAAUUCAAAUGAACAACAACAAACCCUUAAUAAGGUUAAGUCAUCACUGACAAGAUGGGAUUUUAAUGAAAGUUGGCUACCUAUGCAGUAGAAACACAAAACCGGGCCAUAGCGAAGUAAAAAAAAUAAAAAAUAAAAA